UUAUAUUUUGGUCCUGGUAUUGAAAUUGAAGAAAAAUUAGAAUUAUGGCAUGGACAAAUAAUUGCAUGUGUUAUCAUUUAUUUUUUAGUGCUUUAUCAAGCUGGAGAUUUUGUACUUUAUCAUAAUCAUGCUGUUUGGUUGACCAAAGAACAAACAACUAUUUGUAUAGAUGAUGUAAUUCAACAUAUUGGUGUCUGGCUUAAAGAUUCACAAAAACCUAUAAAUUAUGUUUAUCAAAUUAAAGAAAUUUUUAUAUACACAUUCAUAUCACAAGCUUGGUGGGCUUUAUUUACAAUUUGGAAAUAUGGUACUUUUAAUAAUAAUGAAAAGGUGUUUGUUUCUGGAGGUUUAGGUAUGUGUACUGCAGAUUUGCCACAAGGCAAUAAUGAUAUAGCAGGAGUUCAACAGCAUAAUGCAGAACAUGGUCGUUGUUCAUGUGAAGUAACUCAGAAAAAUUUUAAGUCAGGUGCUAUAACACAAUGGCAUAUUAACUAUUAUGAUUCUAUUCAAUUUACUGUAAAGCAUGAAGCUGAUAUUUAUAUUAUUUAUUACAUUACAAGUUGGUAUAGACAAUCAUAUGAAAUUAGUGCACAUCAAGAUGAUCUUAUACAUAUUAAUCCCUUUUAA